CGCGGGGAUGGAUGAGCCGUGGUGGGAAGGGCGCGUCGCCGCGGACGUCCACUGCAGCCUUCGAGAGAAGGAAAUGAAGCUGCCUGCCUUCCGAGCCCACUCCCCGCUCCUGAAGAGCCGCCGGUUCUUUGUGGACAUCCUGACCCUGCUGAGCAGCCACUGCCAGCUCUGUCCUGCAGCCCGGCACCUGGCUGUCUACCUGCUGGACCACUUCAUGGACCGCUACAACAUCGCCACCUCCAAGCAGCUGUACACCGUGGCCAUCUCCUGCCUCCUGCUGGCAAGUAAGUUUGAGGACAGGGAAGACCGCGUGCCCAAGCUGGAGCAGAUUAACAGUACGAGGAUCCUGAGCAGCCAGAGCUUCACCCUCACCAAGAAGGAGCUGCUGAGCACGGAGCUGCUGCUCCUGGAGGCCUUCGGCUGGAACCUCUGCCUGCCCACGCCCGCCCACUUCCUGGACUACUACCUGCUGGCUUCCGUCAGCCAGAAGGACCACCACUGCCACACCUGGCCCACCACCUGUCCCCGCAAGACCAAAGAGUGCCUCAAGGAGUACGCGCAGUACUUCCUCGAGGUCACCCUGCAAGAUCACGUCUUCUACAAAUUCCAGCCUUCUGUGGUCGCUGCAGCCUGCAUUGGGGCCUCCAGGAUUUGCCUGCAGCUUUCUCCCUACUGGACCAGAGAUCUACAGAGGAUCUCAAACUACUCCCUGGAGCAUCUCAGCACAUGCAUUGAAAUCCUGCUGGUAGCCUAUGACAAUGUCCUCAAGGACGCCGUCGCAGUCAAGAGCCAGGCCUUGGCAAUGGUGCCUGGCACGCCCUCAGCCCCCACCCAAGUGCUGUUCCAGACCCCUGCCUACCCCACCCUCGGCCAGCCAACAACCACCCUGGCCCAGUUCCAGGCCCCCGUGCAGGACCUGUGCUUGGCCUAUCGGGACUCGCUGCAGGCCCACCGUGCCGGAAGCCUGCUCUCCGGGGGCAGCGCCUCGUCCCUCCAUGCCCCCUACUCCACCCUGCAGCCCCUGGAUGUGUGUCCCGUGCCCGUCCCUGCGUCCCUGAGCAUGCAGAUGGCCAUUACAGCCGAGCCCAGGCACUGCCUCACCGCCGCCUAUGGAAGCAGCUACUUCAGCGGGAGCCACGUGUUCCCCGCCGGCUGUUUUGACAGAUAAAGCCGCCUUGGGGCCACACGGGUAAGCCUUGGAGACCCAAGUGGAGGGAAAGGACGCUGAGCCACACAAGGCAACUGGGAGGCCAUCUCCCCCAGACCCCCAUGGCCUUGAAACAGAGGGGUCCAUGCUCUUUCCAAUUAAAACUAACCCCAAGCCAAACAUUUCAUGACAUACCUCACCCAAGAGCCCUCCUCUGAGAAACAUCUUCCACGUGUGGCUGGGAUGCACGGCCAGGGCCCAGUGAAUCCAGAAAGGCUUGGGAAGAGGCCAGGAGCCUGGGAGCUGGGCGCAGGCGCGUCCUGUUCGUAGCAGCAAAGACUUCUUUCCUCUUUGCCAAUGGCAGCUACACCACUGACAAGGCAGGAGCGGCCUACCCUGUCCCCGGGGCCCGUGGAAGAUGCGGUCUCGGGUGCUUUUCUUCCCAGAGCUCCAUCCACAGGGGCGUACCUUUGCGCUUGAGCCUCUACCUUGCGAGGCACAGUGGUUAAUCCUCUUGUGUUUGUCGUCGAACCAACCUUUUCGGGCCUUUAGCUGUUUCUCAUGCUGCUGCUGUGUCCCAAAGUGAUCUAGCCUUCUGUUCAGUAAGAUGUCUGUUUACAAGCUACAUCAGGGACUGUGUGAUACUUGAAAAAUUCCUUAGGAGGAAAAACCAACUUCACUGCCACAUUGCCUGUCCCACGUGACGAGCUGUUAAGUUUUAACCCAACGUGUGGCGGGCCUGUGGCUGACAACAGAACAACCUUUACAAAGACAUACAAUCAGGAGAACUGCUUUCCAGGGUCUCCAUUCCAGAAGAUUUUGCAUCGUGGAUGCUGUGUGCACCUGUCGAACUUUGAUCACUGCAGGGGUGUGUGGGGGAGGGGGCGGUCAUUGAAGGGAAGAGAAGGCUUUGAAACCAACUGUCCCCACCUCCCUCCACCCCAUGCUCAUGGUGCAUGAGGUCAAACCCCAGCUUGGCCUUGAAUUUGGUCGGUGGCAAAAGCUAAUGGGAAUAUGUGCUUUGUGGCACUGGGAUAUGGGGAAUGGGGCCGGACAUGGGCCAAUGAGCUCAGCAUCGACUGGCCGUGAUUGGCUGGAUGGAAAGCCAGUAUUUGGGGCUGUGCAGCGAGGGGGAUCUCAGGAACACUGUCGUAACCAUGUGCAAUAUGUUUUUGUUCUGACUCAAGGCUGGUGCUCCUCAUGAGGGGAAUGCCUCGGACCUGGGAGGGGCCAAGGACCACAGAAGCAGUUUUUGUUCGUUCUUUUGUGCGAACGUGGCUUGGUUUUCCAGACUCAGUUGCUGGGCUGGGGUGCCGUGGCAGGGACCGCCAGGAAGGCAGCUGCGCACUGCUGAGCUGGAUCCGACGGCGGUCAGGCUUCCCAGAGCAAAGGCUGGGUCUCGACGUGAGGACAGAGGGACGAGAGGCUGGGCGAGGAGGGGGCGCCGCUGCUUUGUCAGACUAGCAUAGGAAACCGCACGCUCCUUUGUUGCUGUUCUUUGUUCUCGGCCUGCCUCCUAUUUAUGUGUGACCGGAUUGGAUUUCAGGUUGUUGUGUCUGUGUUCUGGGGCUGGGGGCCCUAGUAGAGCUUUACAGCCAGCCCAACCCCCGGAAAAGGGCGCCUGCAAUAAACGCACCACCUGCUC